UGAAUCAGAGGAGGGAGGGUGGAGGAAGGGCCGUUUGCGUCUGUAUUCUGUGUGCCUCUGAGAUAAGGGACUUGGAAUGGGUUUGUGCGGCUGAGAGAGGAGAGAGAGAGCGCAGUGAGUGAGUGAGUGAGCAGGGGGGAGAAAGAGGAGGGCCUAGGGCUAUUGUUCAUGUCUAUCCAGGAACAAAGGGCUGUUCGGGCUCCUUACCUCCGUCUACACCAGGCUUUUGCUAACAUACUAGGCCUGCUCCAUUGCCACAGCACCAGACACGAGCAAACGCGCUCAGUUUCGUCUCGCUUUAAUCUUUUAAAUAGGUCCGUAUUACAAAUAAAUACGUAAGAAAUAAUACAUAAAUACAGCGAGCAAAAAAAAAAAAAAAAAGAUAACGAGAUAUUACUGUGGAUUUCUACAAACAUCAAUUUCAUACCAGGACUUCUGUGCAGGCUGUUCCUCCAAGUCAUUCAAGCUGUACUCUCCAAAGGAGCCCCCAAACGGCAGCGCCUUCCCCCCCUUCCACCCGGGCACUAUGCUAGACCGAGAUGUGGGCCCAACACCUAUGUACCCCCCUACAUAUCUAGAGCCCGGAAUAGGGAGGCACACGCCAUAUGGGAACCAGACAGAUUACAGGAUAUUCGAGCUCAAUAAGCGUCUACAGAACUGGACAGAGGACUGUGACAAUCUCUGGUGGGAUGCCUUCACUACAGAGUUCUUUGAGGAUGAUGCCAUGCUGACGAUCACUUUCUGCCUGGAAGAUGGGCCCAAGCGAUACACAAUUGGCCGGACGUUGAUUCCUCGUUAUUUCCGCAGUAUCUUCGAAGGGGGCGCCACUGAGCUGUACUAUGUCUUAAAGCAUCCUAAGGAAUCAUUUCACAAUAACUUUGUGUCUCUGGACUGUGACCAGUGCACUAUGGUCACACAGAAUGGAAAGCCCAUGUUUACACAGGUGUGUGUGGAGGGCAGGCUGUACUUGGAGUUCAUGUUUGACGACAUGAUGAGGAUAAAGACGUGGCAUUUCAGCAUAAGGCAGCACCGCGAGCUUAUUCCUCGCAGCAUCCUUGCCAUGCAUGCCCAGGAUCCCCAGAUGUUGGACCAGCUGUCUAAGAACAUCACGAGAUGUGGCCUCUCAAACUCCACGCUGAACUAUCUGCGAUUGUGUGUAAUUUUAGAGCCCAUGCAGGAGCUGAUGUCCAGACACAAGACCUACAGCUUAAGUCCCCGUGACUGCCUCAAGACAUGCCUGUUUCAAAAGUGGCAGAGAAUGGUAGCGCCCCCAGCGGAGCCGGCGAGGCAGCAGCCCAGCAAGCGCAGGAAACGGAAGAUGUCAGGAGGCAGCACCCUGAGCUCCGGAGGGGGGACCAACAAUAACAGCAACAGCAAGAAGAAGAGCCCGGCCAGCAGCUUCUCGCUCUCCAGUCAGGUACCUGAUGUCAUGGUGGUGGGAGAGCCCACUCUGAUGGGCGGGGAGUUCGGGGACGAAGACGAGCGUCUGAUCACACGGUUGGAGAACACGCAGUUUGACGCCGCCAAUGGCAUCGACGACGAGGACAGUUUCAACAACUCCCCAGCGCUGGGAGCCAACAGCCCCUGGAACAACAAAGCCCCCUCCAGCCAGGAGAGCAAGAACGACAACCCCACAUCGCAGGCGUCCCAGUAAAAGAGGGGAGGGGGGACGGGACGAGAUCCCAGCCGUGUAGGGACUCCUCUACCUGUAAAACACAUGCUAAACCGUGCCAUUCCACUCUGGUCCUUCAGCUCUGUACUCGUUGGCACUCCGCUUUAAUGGAUCACACAGAUUUGGAUAAGAUCACAUGGAAGCUGUAAGGUCCAGCCUGUGAAUUCAUACUGGGCACUGCUGUGCUGCACACAGUGAGGUGCAACAGAGAUGCUGCUGGCUGAAGUGCUACUCAGACAGUGCAAUGGAAUCGGAUCAGGGUCAGCUUUGUUCCAACCAGAACCUAAAUAUCAGUUUUAAAGUACACUUUGCUAUCUGGUGUGCAUUAGACAGCAAUCCAUGGCUGUCUCCAAGACUUCAGUCUGGAAAUUUUUGUCUGUGCACUUCAACGAACGAUACAAAUUUUUAAAAUUAAAUUAUUUUUUUUUUAGGACCUGGUUGGAACAAAAACCUGUACUGUCCUGGAGCUCGAGGACCGGAGUUGAGAACCACCGUUUAAAACUUAAAUACAAACAAACAGUAAAGCAUUGAGGUACUUGGGAUUUGGUUGUGCACAGCCAGAUAUGUUUUACUUGUGAACACAACUCCAGAUUUGCUCACAUACCCUGAUUAUACAAGUAGUUUCCAACUUAUAUAUAUAUAUAUAUAUAUAUAUAUAUAUAUAUAUAUAUAUAUAUAUAUAUAUAUAUAUAUAUAUAUAUUAUAUAAUUAUUUUAUUUUUGAAGGGACUGUCUGCUUUAUUAUUUCCAGCUAUGUUUAAACUCAGUAAUGUUUCUUGUUUUUUUGUUAAUCAGAUUUUUAUAAUUGUCUAGAGUCUGAAGAUUUUUACAGAACAACAAAAAAAUGUAAUGUUCCAAAAAUUGAACGACAAACUUGUGAUUAGACUAAGCUUUGUAGGGUUGGAAGUAAGGGGUCUGAAAGCAUUAAUAUUGUGUGUGUUUUACAAGCCUGUGCCCAGCCCUGCCCUGCCCAGCAUCUAUUGUAGGAGGCAUUCACCUGCCGUCCGCACCUCCUGAAGGCUGUGUGAGGGAAGGGAUUGGUGUGGACUAUUGGAAUACAAAUGAACCCCCCCUCCCCCCCCCCCCCCCCCGUAUUCCAGCAGGUAAUACAAGAACAACAUUGAGCUCUCGCAAAGGCCGCUAGUAAUUCUCUCUAGCAGCUGCUGGUAGAGGCUGGGCUUUGCUGGGAUGCAGUUUGGUCUGGGGGUUCACAGCUGCUGGUAGAGGCUGGGCUGUGCUGGGAGGCAGUUUGGUCUGGGGUUCACAGCUGCAUGUAUCUUCUACACUUGAGUCCAGCAGUUCAAUCCAGAGACAUUUAAAGCCACUGUUUUGCACUGCUCUGCUCACUAGCACUGCAGCUGGGUGCUCUGACCAAUGUCAUGGUUGGAAAGAGGAUGAAAUACCUUAAUAAAGAGAAUGUUUCUUACCAGACACUUCAUUUUGAAUAGAAAUUCAUUUAAUAAUAAAAAACCACUUGAUGCCACUGAAACCCGGUACCUCGUGAAUAUUAACAGGUUAGAUAAUGAAUGACUACCGUUUCUAGUGGGCUGUAUUUCCCUAGUCAUGUUUUUACUGAUGCUGAAAGCUACAGACCAAGGAUCGAGGCUACUAGCAGGAUCGUUUAAAUCGCUUCCCUAAAAUCUAUUCCUUUGUUUUUGUUUUGUUUGGUUUUUUAAAGGAAAAAAGUCAGCUUGUGUGAAGUACUUUUUUUUGGUGAUUUUUAUAUAUAUAUAUAUAUAUAUAUAUAUAUAAAUAUAUAAUUUCUCUGUGUAUUUGUGCUUGUAUAUUUAAGGUAGUAGCAAAGUUCUUUAUACCUGUAAUUAAAUGUAUUCCUUAUUUAGAGCACCCAGAAGCCUGCCCUGUCUAAUGUAAAAAUAAUAAUAAUAAAAACUUUUUGGACAUGAUUUGAGACCGAUCGAUUUCUGGGUACACACCAUUUGGAACCCCACCCCUCCCAAUGUGUUUUCUUUGGUUUUUUUUAUGUGCAUUUGUUCACAUUUCAUCUUGAUAAUAUUAGCCCACUUUCACAUUUCCCAAAUUUGCCAUUGGUAUGUGCCCCAUAUAAUGUUAACAGCAGCAUUGAAGCCUGUUGUUUUGUCAACAUGUUUAAUAGACCCUCUUGCCACUAUAUACUGCCAGUCUUGCAUUCUGUCCUUUGGUUUACCUUGCUGGGCAGACCUUGCCUGUUUUGUGCCACAACCCCCCCACAGUUGAGCACACAAGACGUUUAUCUGUAUUCAUAAAUGUUUUUUGACAUUGCAAUCAAGCAGUACCUCUUAUAACGUGUGUGUGUGAGUGCGUCUACCCACUUCCUAAGGCUUAAAGGACCCUCUGAAACCUCCCCUGAAUGCUGUGCACCUCCACCCCUGAGAUUUUGUAACUGGACUUGCUUCUUGUUUGUGUCCAGCUCCCACCUAGAGAGUCCCAGUCCAGAACCCAGAGCUAGGCUAAUUGGUCUGAUUUUUAAAGAGCUUUCUUUCUUCCAGGUUUUGAGGUACGAUUUUUAAAUGCAAACCGAAUGGUGAUUUGUACCCUCCAAUCUUCCUGUAGAGCCCCUAGUCUGUGGGGCAGUGUAAUAUUUUUUGCAUAGUUUGUGCCAUUUAAUAAUUAAUGUAUGGUACUAAUAAAGAUGAAUUUUCACUUUAAUAAAAUGGUGAGCUUUUA